AUGGCUAAUUCCUCUAUGCUGUGCACGGUGGUUGUUGCGGCGUGCCUCGCCGUCGCCGCUGCUGACUGGUCUCAAGGCACUGCCACUUUCUACGGCGGAAUCGACGCGUCCGGCACGAUGGGUGGCGCAUGCGGGUACGACAACCUGUACAACGCGGGGUACGGUGUCAACACCGCGGCGCUGAGCCCGACCCUGUUCAAUGACGGCGCGUCGUGCGGGCAGUGCUACCUCAUCACCUGCGACCCAACACGUCUGGGUGGCCAGUGGUGCAAGCCCGGCAACUCCAUCACUGUCUCCGCCACCAACCUGUGCCCGUCCAACUACGCACUGCCCAACGGCGGCUGGUGCGGCCCGGGCCGCCCGCACUUCGACAUGUCCCAGCCGGCGUGGGAGCACAUCGGCGUCGUCCAGGGCGGCAUCAUCGCUGUCCAGUACCAGCAGGUCAAGUGCUCGCGCACCGGCGGCGUGCGCUUCAGUAUCGCCGGCUCCCAGUAUUUUCUGCUCGUCAACAUUCAGAACCUCGGAGGCAGUGGCUCCGUGGGCGCCGCCUGGGUGAAGGGCGACAAGACGGGGUGGAUCCAGAUGUCCAGGAACUGGGGCGCUAACUGGCAGGUGCUCGCUGGGCUCGUCGGCCAGGGCCUCAGCUUCGCCGUUACCAGCACCGGUGGGCAGUACAUUCAGUUCUGGAAUGUGGUGCCUGGGUGGUGGCAGUUCGGCCAGACCUUCACCACAAACCAGAAUUUCUACUACUAA